AUGGUUGUGCUCGAUAUCGAUCGUUGGGUGACGAGACCCGGUACUCCAGCUUGGAUCGGCAGCGGCACGAAAUCUGGGCGGCAAGGAGAGGCUCAGAUCGACAUGAGACUGUGCUGGUUCUGCUUAUUCGGAAUCCUUCACAUAUUCCAGGUCUUAAAGGACAAGCAGAAGCUUGGCUUGAUAUUUGGUCAAUGGUCAUGGAUCAAAUCGGAGAUUCCCUCGGUCCGGUUGUCCUCCCCUAACCGCGGCCCAUUCGUUCGAGAACACAAAACCAACACUCAGCCAAACCAGCACGGAAAGAUGCUCACUGUCACAGAAAUCAUUACUCAAUGUCAAUUCAAGGCUGAGUAUUCCAUCCAUCAAUGA